AUGAUUGGAUUUCAGCCAGAUCUAAGUAGGAUUACAAACCCCAGACUGAUUAGCUCGGAUGUCUUGCAGCAAUUGCUCCUAACUUCGUGCAAUUUUAAUUUUGCAGAAAAAGACUGGACAUGGAAAGAGAUUGCAGAGAAGGUGAAAUAUACCAAUAAACCGAUUGGUCACUCACUGCUACGCCUCGAUAACAACGAAGCAGAUAAGCUGGCUCAAGAGGCAUUCAUCUGUGAGUACAUCAUGCUUUUAAAGCCGUUGAGGACUAGAAUUACUUUGGUGCCUGAAAUUAAUUACAAAAUUUUGCUACUGGUAAAAAAUAAGUAA